AUGCAAACAUCUAAACCAAAUACCUUCCAACAGCACACAUACCAAACUCAACAGCAGCAACAGCAGCAAUUGACGGUGCAACAGUUGAAGCAGAAAAUUAAUUUGAAAACUUAUCAUUUUGCUUCAACCUCGGAAGAAAUCUUAAGAAAGUAUGCGAAAUAUCCAGCAUCGUUAAGCUUGCAUAUUUUUGAGAACCACUACAGGUUCAACAACUCACAGGACUCACAGAUAAUACCGAAGAAUUCACCAAUGAUGAAGAAUUUUAUGAAUCACGUUCUAAGGGAAGAAGUUCCUGUUGAGAUGAGUGAGUUGUUGAAAGAUUUUUUAAUCAAAUCAUAUGACGGGUGUUUGAUUCUACAAGUGUAUGAUCACAGAAAUAUGGUGAAAACGGCUGCUUUCAUGAAUAGGGGGAAUUCGCCUGUCAAAAAUGUCAAGAACGAACCUGUUAUUGUGUCCAAACCUAGAACGUAUCGUACUUUACUCAAGCCAACGCCGCUUUCUAUAUACUACGAUUUACUUUACCACACGGAUUCGGCCUUAACAAAAUUCACCGAUGCCUUGUCAUUGCAGAUGGAGUCAGAAAUCUUGACUUUAACCAAUAGAAAAUUGGAUUUGUCUGUUAAGGUAAAUCCUUACCAGUAUGAGCACUUGAAGCCCGAUACUAAUGAUGAGUACUAUGAGUCUUCUGGCAAAGCUGAUACUGUGGACCAUAAAUAUCGAGAUGAAGCGGUGCCAUACGUGCAUAGACCCCCCACUAAUGUGCCUAUUCGAAAGAUUCAUCAGGACGAAAUGGUUUUACACAAAUCUUCAGAGUAUGAGGAGUUGAUGCUUUUACUCUCUGACAAGAAUAGACGAGUCGACGAGUCUCAAGAUAAAAAGUUGGUGGUUGUAGUUCCAUCCUCGAUCCCAAGCACCUCAACCGCUCAGUCUACAACACAAACUCCUUCCACCAAAUCAACUAGCAAAGAAAACUCUGUUGGUAUUGAAAGUAAAAACAAGAAAAAUGAUAAAGCACCAGGAGGAGGCGGAGCUACCACUGGUACAACAGCAACAACAAUAGCAGCAGCAGGAUCAGCAACAACAGCAACAACAGCAACAACAGCCCAAGUUGCUGUGACUCUGAAUCAUGUUAGGGCUACUGGUCAGUUUAUGAGAUUGAGGUUAAUUGAAGAGAUUCGAAAAAAGCGAGAAGCAGAAAAGACACAACAGGAGGCAAAAAUUCAUGCACAAGCAUCUGCAGUGCAAAAUGAGGUAAUUGCACCAACCACUGCAGUAAAACCAGAACAGUCGUUGCAAGCCAGUAUACCAAACCUCAACGAUGCUGCUUCCCAGCAAACACAGGUGAAAAGGCAAGCGUCGCCUACAUCGCAAGUUCAAGUGCCAGCCACCAAGCGUGCAAAGAAAGAGACCAAAAAGCAAGCUCAAAGCCAUCCCGCUUUACAAAACCCGACUGUGCAGGCACAAUCUCCUCAUUUCAACAAUGGAAUAACAGUAUCGAGCUCGAGCUCACAACUCCCUUCUGCUAAUAAUACCCCGAUGAUGGGUAAUCAAGGCGUACCUGUAGCAAUGACCAAGGCAAGAUUGAACCAGAUUUCAACACCAAACACUCCCAGCUUAGGUAUGGGACAAGGUCCUUUGCAACCUACACAACAGAUGUACCAGAAUCAAGGAAACAACUUGGACCAACAACAGCAAGUGCAAUUGCAACUACAAGCGCAACAACAGCAACAGCAACAACUUCAAACACAGCAACAGCAACAGCAACAACAACAACAACAGCAACAACAACAACAACAACAACAACAACAACAACAACAACGACAACAAUUACAAACGCAACAACAGUCCAACUUAACUUUACAGCAGCAGCAACAUCAACAAAUUUUCCAAAACUCAUUAUCACCAGAAGAACAGCAAAUGUACAAGCAAAUUCAACAGAAGAUGAGCGCUUUGGCUAUGAUGGGCCAGACAGGUGUAGCGCCCAACGGUCAGCAUUUGACGCCACAACACAAGCAGCAAGCAUUACAGCAAGUCAAGGUCUUACAACAACAAUUAUUGCAAAAGUUUCCUCUUUACUUUCAAAGACUUAAGCAGUUUCAAAUUUUUCAGCAGAAACAAAAGUUGCAACAGCAAAAGUCCGCUGCUAUGUUUGGUGCUAGUGGAAAUAUUCCUCCAAAUGCACAGCCUACUGGGAACUCGAUUCUUUCUCCACAACAACAACAACAACAGCAGCAGCAGCAGAUGGCUCUCAAUCCUGACUCAUCAGCAGGCAAACAUAUUAACUUAAACCAAAAGGUGACUCCUUCAACUACACAACCACUGGAACCAAAGAAGAAAAGAGCUUAUAAAAAGAAAAACGUACAAAGUUAA